AUGCUGGAGUUAAGAAUAUAUCCAUCAUUUACAGAAAUUAGAGAAAAAUUCGAUGCACCACAAAAUUUUAAAAUGUAUUUUCCUCUUGAAGUUUAUCAACAGAUAGUCACGGGUAGUCUCAAUGUUGAAGGUAUUCAAGUAUCGACUCAAAAUGCGGUGACAAAAGCUAACAAUUUAGAAGGUCAAACAGUAUUUGUUCGCCGACCAAGAGAAGAACCUAUUGAAUGUCAAGUUAUUCGGUCAAAUGAUUUACUUUUGAAAGAUAUUAAAUCCAAUCGAUAUUUAAAAGCCGAUCAGCAUGAAUUAGAAUAUGUAACAAUUCCGGAAGAAGAAGGUACUGAAGUGACAUUUGCAUUGAAAAAUGCCGGCGAAUCAACAUUAUCUUAUCUCAUCCAGGGUAUAACCUGGUCACCUCAUUAUAAUUUAAAAGUGACAAAUGAUCAACAUACGUUUGAAGCGUGGGCUGAUAUGACAAAUUCGACAAAACGUGAUUAUAAAAUUAAACAUACUGAAUUGUUUGGUGGUGAUGUGAAAUUAAAUACAUUAGAAACAUAUUCUACCUCAAACAGGGGUGGUUGUAGUUGUUAUGGUCGUGGUCGUUCCUGUGGUGCAGCGCCAGAAAUUCAAUCUGAAGGUGAACUUGCCGGACUCUAUUGGUAUUCAGUUGAUCAACCAUUUGUUCUGGUAUCACAAAGUACAUUUUCAUUGCCGUUUGUUGAUGGUAAUUGA